CCUUGAUAUCUUCUAAUGUGCUACCAACUUUAUAAAAAUGUUUAUCGGUAUUCGACUGCUUUUUUUUAAAGGAAAUCUAAAUUCUACGUGGCAAAUAAAGAGAUAAAAACCCUCAAGUGUAUCUACGCAAUGAAGUGCAAUUUAACAACUGAAUAACCAGAAUGGAUAGCUUCGUAUCAGAACGUUACCGCAAUCAUGUUGGACAGUCUGUGUGUUUCCUUUUGUUUGGAUGAUAUUUUGCGAUGUUUUAAUGCAGAGACAUCACUGUGGCUGAAAUACUUCGGUAAACACAUUUGUAAAUUUUCAUGGCCGAGAAUUUUAUUUAUAUUACUGAUUACUAAUUGUUGUGACAGGCGAUAUCUGUAAACACUGCAUAGUGAAGCUGUAAUCGGGUUGUAAUAACAUUUCAUGAAUUCGUGCUGAGAUCAGUGACUAUGUUAUAGAAAACGUAUCAACUUUUUGGUGGGAAAUUGAUUAAUAUUUGUGUAAUUUUUCUCUCUCACCGCGAAAGCUGAUAUAGUCGCGAUGUGGGAAACGAAUGGAAAGAAUGUGGUAUGCAAUUUCACUGCCCUGAAAAUGGAUGAAGCUUGUCUUCACGUCACAUCUGACAUACCAAAUGAAUUAAAACUAUGGAAACAAGUCGAUGAAUGCCAUGGGUGUAAAUACUUACCAUGGAUCACAAUGCCACCAAGUAGCAAUAUUUCUUUAGUUGUGGAAACAAAAUACCCUUUGAAUUUUGUAUACAGUGGGACAGAAGAAAAAUUUGACUGUGGUAUUACAUAUCAUUUUGAGGAAUAUGGGGUGUAUGGUUGGAAUAUCACCAAAGAAGGCUGCAACCCAGUUACUGUUAUAGAAGAACCUCCAUUCCCUUUUCUGCCUAUCAUUGGUGCAUUUAUUAUUUUCCUUUCAUUAUCUUUGAUCUGGAAUUUAGGAAAAUGUGCAAUGAAUUCUGAAUGGAUGGCACGACUUCGAGAAAGAAAUCAUCCAUUUUCAGAAUUGGAAAGUGACCUAGGAAGCCCGAGUUCUGCUGAAGGACCUCCUAUGACUAGAGCUGAUGUAAUGCCAGCCGUUAGACGACAAAGAGCUCGAGUUGCAACUCUAGAUGUUUUUCGAGGAAUCUGCAUUGCACUUAUGAUAUUUGUUAAUUAUGGAGGAGGUCAGUAUUGGUUCUUCAAACAUUCAACAUGGAAUGGACUUACUGUUGCUGACUUGGUUUACCCUUGGUUCUUGUGGAUAAUGGGUGUCAGUCUUGUCAUUUCACUUCGAUCUCAGUUACGAUCUUCCCUUCGCCGGCGACAAGUGUUGGCGAGAGUUGUGAAAAGAUCUAUAAUUUUGUUUGGUCUUGGAUUGCUUUUGAAUACUUUGUCAGCUUGCAAACGAACAGAUCUUCGAAUGUUACGUUUACCUGGAGUUUUACAACGAAUUGGCCUUGCAUAUUUAAUUGUAGGCACCCUUGAGGCUUUGACACUUAAGCCUCAGGGCUUCCAGUAUGGACGUUGGUUUACACUUCAGUUGCAGGAUGUCCUUGAUGCUUGGGCACAGUGGUUCGUGGUCCUUGCUCUUGCAGGGAUACAUGUUGUCUUGUCACUUCUGCUGCCUGUGCCAGGAUGUCCAACAGGUUACUUGGGUCCAGGUGGAUUGGACUCAAGUGUUCCUAAAGGUGAUAUUUAUCAAAACUGUACUGGAGGAGCAGCUGGAUAUGUGGAUCGACUUCUUCUUGGGCCUGAUCACAUAUAUCAGACACCAACCUUCAGACAUAUCUAUCAGACUGUUCUACCAUUUGAUCCAGAAGGUUUGUUGGGAACAUUAACUGCAGUAUUAAAUGUUUAUUUGGGAGUACAGGCUGGUCGUGUACUCCUGAGUUAUCACUAUUCAGUGUCUCGAGUGAUACGUUGGUGUGUGUGGGGAAUCUUCUGUACAAAUGUUGUUUUUUUUAUUUGGAAACAGGGCAUUGUCGCAGCUGUUCUAUGCAGAUUCCAAAAAGAUGAUGGUUGGAUACCUGUGAAUAAGAAUCUAUGGUCAGUUUCUUUUGUAUUGCUGACAGCUUGUUUUGCAUUCUUACUGUUAAGUGUGCUGUAUCUUGUAGUAGAUGCUGGGAAAUGGUGGAAUGGUCAUCCGUUUUUGUAUGCAGGUAUGAAUCCUCUCAUCCUAUAUGUAGGCCAUGAACUAGCAAAGAACAAGUUCCCUUGGAGUUGGGAGCCAUAUUAUCACACCCACACAGAGUUUCUGGCUAUGGAUGUUUGGGGUACUUGUUUAUGGUUAUUGAUAGCUUUUAUUUUGUUCAAAAAAGAUAUCUUUCUUUCUAUCUAAAUACUUAAAACUGCUUGUACAAAUUGAUACGUUCCUCACUGUUGUCUGGUUGAGUGUUUCAAUGCUUGUAGACUGAAUAGAAUAUUUUAAAGUAAGUUUUAACGAAUAUUUUAUUGUGAUACAUUUUAAUUGUACUGUUUUAAGGGAGCACUACAUAAUUAAUGUGAAUGCUUAUUGUAAAUGUAUACUUAUAAGAAGAUUGUGAUAAAUUUCUAUGCAUUUGAUGUACACUCUGAUAGAUCUUCACUCUACCAAAUGAGAUUUGUACACUACCACUAUCAUGAACACAAAAUGUACUAUGUUAUUUAUUUUUAAAAUCUUUUUUUUUUAAAUUUAUCAAAUCUAUUGUCUUGUCUCGAGACUGUCUACAAUAAAAGACUGCUACUGUGAAGAAAUGUUUAUUGCCAUUUGUUUUACUUUAAUGUAGGGUAAUAUUUAGUUAUUCAUGCAUUGGUUAACCAGAAAAGUAAUUGACCCCACUGAUGCUGGAACUAAUGAGUUUGCCUCCAGUACACUCUGUUUUGUAUCCUUGUGUUUCCCAUAGAUAAUUACUUGACUAACAUAAGAACGGUCAAUUUGAGAUCUAAUGUAGAUCAGCUAUUUCAUCUGGGAUCUGUUCAGUUCUGUUUCUUUUAUUGCUGUUUCAUUUUGAUUUUCCUUAAGAUUGUUAUUUGAUUUCGAUUUGUGUGUUAUUUUUAUUUUUAUUUGAAAACCCUAAUCAAACUUUGCAUACAUGAAGGGGGGAACAACAAUUUCAUCCUAUUAGAGCAUUUUAAAUCUUAUGUUGCUUUCUUAUGAAUACUGACUAUAUUUUAUUAGUACAUGUUAAUUGUUCCAAAAAUAUUGUACUCUUUUUCUUCUUCUUUCAAUGGACCUGCUGUUACUACCAAUUUACUUAUUUUUUAUUUCCUUUCUUACCAAAUUCUCUAGUGCAGUUAUUGGCCUCUAACCGAAUAAUUCUUAAAAAGUUCAAUUAUCCAAAAACCUUUGUCCCAUUUAUUGUUUUUUCCACUAACCUUCCACCCUAACAAAACUGGAAAUUAUUCCAAAUCUAAGCCUUCCAGUACAAAGCAUUUAAGAGAAUCCAUUUGUCACUACCUUUGUUAUAUUUACCUUAACCCUCGGAUACUCAAUUUUUUUAAAGUUUUAAUAUGUCAAAAAUGCUUUGUUACUUUAAAGUAACAUUGGGCAGUUGUGUUCAGAAGCAUGUAAUUCUUUGGGGAACAUAUUCUAUGAGUAAAUAUACAUUUGUUAAAAAUAAACCCAUUUAAUUUUUAGAAAUACAUAGUUUAUUAGCAAAAUGGUCAAAAUGUGCAUAAUGUUCAUCUCUGC